AUGACCACUUUUCGUCCGUUUCCGCGGCUUCCUUUGGAGCUCCGAGAGCAAAUCUGGAAGGACACUGUCGAACCACGCACUGUCGAUGUCCGUCGUUUUCAAGCGUGGCCUCAACACUAUGGCCGGCUGGUAUCGUCUACGCCUAUACCAGCCAUACUACAGUCCUGCCGGGAAGCCCGAAACCUUGGACUUUACAAGAAAGUCUUCUUUGAGGGGGAAGAAGCAGAAUCUUCCAAAACUGAACAGCGUUAUGUUUGGAUGGAUCUCGACAUUGAUAUAAUGGAUAUCGGGACUUCUAAGUUCGACCAUUACAAGCAUAUCGCACCGGCAGUGAAGCGUCUCAAAUUUGAGCGGGAGAACACCGAUGAAUACUUCUACUUUCAUGAAGUAUUAGAAAUGAUGCAGUUUAUCAAUGUCGAAGAGAUCCACAUAGUUUGCGCAGAUGGUUUCUGGAACUGGGGUGGGGCUCUACAUGAGCAUAACUUCCCCUGCGCCGACGAAAAGCUGCUGUUCAUUGACGCAUUGGAUGGUCGAGUGGCGCGUGGCAUGGAAAUGGAAAAAAUAUAUAGAGAGAUGCUGAUGGCCGUGCGGAUAGCAAAUACUGGCGAGGCAUAUAACACUGACGACGAGUUUUCAAGCUGA